AUGUACAUUAACGGCUUGAUUGAGGAGCUCAGCAGCGCGGGUGUCGGAUGCUCGGUCGACGGUUGUUUUGUUAACAACAUCAGCUACGCAGACGACAUGGUGCUGCUGAGCCCCUCAGUCAACGGACUCAGGAUUCUGCUUGAUAUAUGUGACAGGUAUGCUGUGGCCCAUGGACUACAAUAUAAUGUAAAAAAGAGCGAGGUAUUACUGUUUAAGUCUGGCACUAAAACAUAUCCCAUUCCGCCAAUAAUGCUAAGUGGUUCUCCUCUUCAAACAGUCACUAAAUUUAAAUACCUGGGACAUUGGGUCACAGAUACUCUAAGAGAUGACGCAGACAUAGAAAGGGAGCGCAGAGCGCUGUCGGUGAGGUGUAAUAUGCUCUCUCGCAGGUUUGCACGUUGUUCUACACAGGUAAAAAUAACUUUGUUUAAAACAUACUGCCAAACUUUAUACACGUGCAACCUGUGGAGUGAUUACACUAAAAAAGCCUACAGUGCUCUGCGCGUCCAGUACAAUAACGCCUUCAGGGGGAUGUUGGGCCUGCCCUGGCGCUGCAGUGCGUCAGGAAUGUUCGCCGCCUGGAGGACGGACGGCUUCCACGCCGUGAUGCGGAAGCGGGUGGCGUCUCUGUGCGAGCGCGUGCGAGGCAGUACCAACACUCUCCUGAAGGUGAUUGCUGAGAGGGUGGACAGCCCUAUCCUCACGCACUGGAUGUCCUUGCAUCAGUCUAAUUGUAGCUAUACUUUCUACUAA